AUGACAACAACAGAAACAACAACAACAGCAGCAGCAACAACAACAACAAAAAUAAUAACUACAACAAGACCAGUAACUACAACAACAAGACCAAUAGUCACAACAACAAGACCAAUAGCCACAACAACAAGACCAAUAGCCACAGCAACCACAACAACAACAAAAAUAACAACCACAACAAUGACAACAAGAGCAACAGCAACAGUAACAGUAACAGUAAUAACAACAACAACAACAACAACAACAACAACUACAACAAUGACAACAACAGCAACAACAGCAACAACCGCAACAACAACAAAAAUAACAACUAUAACAUCAACAACAACAACAAAAAUAUAA